UUACUUAUCUAAAUGAUACAAAAGUGAUGAAUUUUGGAUACAAAUUGCAAAUUUUGGCUGAAAGUUUCCUGCAUUUCUUUUUAUAAUUUUAGUUAUUGUAAAGUGAAAUAAUUUAUAAAAUGAAUCAGUUGAAGUCCUUAAACAGAUUGGUUUCGCAAAGAGGCAUAUUCAUGAGUGCUAGUCAAUUCUCUUCAGAACUUGGCAGCGGUGCCGGUAAAGGAGGCGGCGGCGGUGGAACUAUCCGCGAAGCCGGUGGAUCUUUCGGUAAACGUGAAGCUGCAGCCGAAGAGCAAUACUUUCGUAAAUUACAAGCUGAUCAACUUCAUCAGUUGAAAGAUCACAUGUCCGAUGAAAUAUCGUUCCACGAAGAUCAAAUCAAGAGACAUCAAGAAGCUCUUGAAAAAGCCAAGAAAUCAUUCGCCGAUUUAGAAAAGGCCAAAAAGUAAUUCUUCGUACGAGUUUCGUAGGAUGUCAGUUCAAUCUAUUCUUUGGUAUUUUUAAUCCGCGGUUUUUUCUCCUCGUUCUGUGAAAUUGGUUAAUACACGUUAACGUUAUGUAUAUAAGUAAUAAAAUAUUUUAAAUUUAA